UAGAUAAUGAACAAACAAACCCGAUCAAAAUCAAAUGAAGAGAUCGAUCUCGAUAUCGAUUUCGAUUUCGAUUGCAUCGAAAGCCAAGGACUUUCUCAAUCGGCGUCUUCUCCAGAGAGAUGGAGAUUCUGGGAAUCGCGCAUGAUCUUUAUACAUACAACAUUGUGAUUAACUGCCUGUGUCGAUGCUCUCGAUUCUCUAUUGCUUUAUCCGUUAUUGGGAAGAUGAUGAGGCUUAAUUACAAGCCAGAUGUUGUCACGCUUAGCUCUCUGAUCAAUGGAUUCUGUCAAGUGAAUAGAGUUUUCGAUGCUAUAGAUUUGGUUGUUCGAAUGGAGGCAAUAGGAUGUAAACCUGAUGUUGUCAUCUACAACACAAUCAUCGACACUUUCUGCAAAACAAGAUUGGUGAAUCACGCGUUGGAGCUCUUUGAACAGAUGGAGAAUGCUGGAGUUAGAGCAGAUGCUGUUACUUACAACUCUCUCAUAACCGGUCUUUGUAGCUUUGGUAGAUGUAAUGAUGCUGCUCGGCUUCUGAGUGAUAUGGUAACGAGGAGAAUCGUCCCUAAUGUCAUCACUUUCACCGCAUUGAUCGAUGCGUCUGUGAAAGAAGGAGAUCUCUCGGAGGCUGAGAAGUUAUACGAGGAGAUGAUUCGAAGGUGUAUAGAACCUGAUGUUUUCACUUACAAUUCGAUUAUCAACGGGCUUUGUAUGCACGGUCGGCUAGAUGAGGCCAGACAAAUGCUUGAUUUGAUGGUUAGCAAGGAGUGUUUCCCGGAUAUAGUGACUUAUAAUACUCUCAUAAAUGGGUUUUGCAAGUCUAAGAGGGUAAAUGAGUUGAUGAAACUCUUUAGCGAGAUUUCUCAAAGAGGAUUAGUUUUCGAUACAGUCACUUACAACACUAUUAUCCAUGGAUACUUUCUUGUGGGCAAACCAGAUGUGGCUCAACGGAUUUUCAGACGGAUGGAUUCUCCUGCCAAUAUAAGGACUUACAGUAUUUUGUUAGAUGGUCUUUUUAACAACGGGAGGAUAGAGAAAGCGUUGGUGGUAUUCGAGAAUAUGCAAAAGAGUGGAAUGGAUCUUGAUGUUACUACAUAUAAUAUCGUGAUUCACGGGAUGUGCAAGGCUGGUUAUGUGGAAGAUGCUUGGGACUUGUUUUGUAGCCUUGCAGUUAGUGGAAUCGGGCCUGAUGUUGUAUCAUACACUACAAUGAUCACAGGCUUUUGUAGGAAACGACUAUGGCAUGAAGCAGAUGAGUUGUAUAGAAAAAUGCAAGAAGAUGGAUUUGUUCCACUGUAACAU